AGCCAGGGCCGGGCUCCCCCCCUCCGGGUAGCGGCCCCGGGCCGGGCAGAGCAGGUGGCGGCUCGGCGGGGACGCGGCUGCCUCCCGGCCGGGCCGAUGGAGGCGCUGAGCCAGCGCUGCCCCCUGCCCGCCGCCCAGGGCUGCCCCCGGCCGGGCCGCGGCACGGUGCUGCUGGUGAUGACUCUGUCUUUACUGAUGUAUCCAGUGCUGAGAAGUCUUGCUCUCCACAUGCACGCUGCCGUCACUGGCAGCUACAUUUCUGGGACCCACUCCAUUGCCUUCAUCAACUGUCUCAAUGAGCAGAUUGCCAAGGAUAUUGCAAGGGGCAUCAUGGACAAGAGACUGGCUGCCUACGUGAACAUCCUGCCAAAGAGCUCGGCCUUGUAUUUCUGGAAAGGGGAACUGGAAGAAUCCACAGAAAUACUGCUGUUAGUGAAAACAAGGACAUCCAAAAUAGGUGAAUUGUCCAACUACAUCAGAUCCAUCCACCCCUUUGAAAUUCCUGAAGUCAUCAGUCUGCCUAUUGACCAAGGAAACCCUCUCUACCUCAAAUGGAUAGAAGAAAACGUCCCACGGGAUUAAAGGAAAAGUGCAGAAACCAGCCUGCUUUCGGGGAGACGCGACAAAAUGCGCUUUGUCCUGCUGGUGUCCCUGUGCAGGCACACACAGGGAGGCAGCUUGAAUCCCUGCGGGCUUGCUACGGCACAGAAGCUUGGGACUGGGAAUUUCAUUUGCACUAGAAAUGUCCCCUCCUUGGCCAGACGCUGUGCUGCAGGGAGCACCGAGCCUGGGGGCAGCAGGGAAGGGCACCAAGGGGCUGCAGCAUCGCUGCCACGGAUACCCAGAGGUGCUCACGUCAAGACCCCAAGGCACCUGGGGAUGUUUCAGGCCCCCAGCAGCCAGGUGGUGGCCGUGGCCUGGCAGCCCCCAGGCAUCCUGCAGCCUGCGCCUGAGACCCUUCCCUGGCUCCGCUGCAGCAGCUGUCGCAGCAUCUGCACCGCUCUGCCUCCCGCUUCCCCAGCCACAGGAUGUGGCCGGGCACCCCGCGAGGCACUGGCUCACACCCUCUCCUGCUGUCAUCCAGCCUGCUGGCUCGUCUGACAAAACCCAAGCAGAGAGCAAACUUGUCCAGAGGCUGCAGGCACUUGCCAGGAGCCCCAGUGAGCAUAACACACUGACAGUGCCCUUCCUGCUGAGCUGGGCCAAGCCGCUGCCAGUUCAGGGAAGCCAGGUGCCAGCCGGAGCAGGGCAUCGCCUGGCUGCAGGGACGUGCAGCCCCGGCACUGCAUCCCCCACCUGUGCCUGGACAGUUGCUUUCCACCCAGGCCAAGUUUAGCCUUGUAAAAAGAUGCUCAUGAAGCAUAAUUGGAUGUAACUUAUGAACCAAAACCAAGUCAAUUAUGUGACAGGGAAAGGAAUAAACAGGCGUGUUCCUACCUGCGCAGCUGCACGAGUCGUUGCAGUGAGCAGGGCAGGAGGGUCCCUUGGGGCUCUGCAGUGAUUCCCCGCAGCCUGAUGCCAAACCGUGCUCCACUGGCUCCGACCUGCUCAUCUCAGGCAGUGGAGAAGUGGUACAGGGAGCCUUGAAGGUGUUGGGCCACAGGUUUGCAUGGACCCAUCAGCUAUCAGGGGUAGCAGGUGUGGGAAAGAAGGUAACAGGGAAAAUGGGCUGAGCUCUGAGAGCAGGAAACUUCCCAGCGCUAAGUCAGGAGCGGCAGGAUCCCAGAUGGGUAUUUUGUCUGG